AUGAAAACGUCGACGAGUAAGGACUUCGCUUACGCGAUGACUCCGUUGAAAAUCUUGUCGUGGCCUGUAGGUACCUGGCCUCUUCAAGACUACAAUAUCUUUUCCGCUAUACGUGCCACAAUAGCGACUUUUUUCUUGCUACUAAUGGUAACGGUCGUGCAAUCGGAGAUGUACUUAGACAACAGCGACGCCGAGAAAAAUUUGGAUGGACUAGUACUUAUUACCUGCGGCAGUUUGGCAGCGUCAAAGAUUAUACAGUUUCGUAUUCGGCCUGCUGCCCUUAUCUCAAAUUUUACGUCCGCGGUUGAGGAUUAUAUGGAAUUGCGAGACGAAGAGAAGCGACUGAUAAUGCGAAAACACGCUUAUAUGGCCAGAGUGGCCAGUGCCAGUGUGAUAUGUUUCGCGUAUUUCAGCUCGAUUCUUUUCAUAACUGUGCCUAUGCUGGCUGAAGAGGAAGAGAAAGAUAUAGUUAACGUAACGGAGGAAAGUAUAACGGAGUAUCCUUUACCUUCCGAAAAUGUAAUGGCAGUCAUAAAAAUGCCGGAUAAUUUGCAUUUUAUUGUUUUUAUCGUCGAGUACUUGAUGCUGCUAUUCCUGAGUACUGGAAAUAUAGGGAGCGAUUCGUUGUUCUUCGGUAUCAUUUUUCACCUGUGCGGUCAGGUAGAAAUUUUGAGGCUUGAGUUCAAUAGGUUGAACAACGAGAACGAAAAAGCAAUGGAACAUUUCAUCUCAUUAACCAAGAGGCAUAUUUACUUGCUGAAGUUGGCCAAAAUGCUGAGCGAGACCAUCAGCUCUAUCUUGAUUGUGCAACUAUUCACGAGUUGUAUACUUAUUUGUACAAGCGGACUUCAAUUUAUUAUCGCUCUGAGCGUUGGAAACAUCGUCAUGACGAUAAAGUCAUUUAUAGUAUCGAGCACGCUACUGCUGCAAUUAUUUGCAUACAGCUACGUGGGCGAAUACUUAAAGCGUCAGAUGGAAGCCGUCGGUAACUCGGUGUAUUUCUGUAGCUGGUACGAUAUACCGAAAUGUGUGGCAAAAGAUAUUAUCUAUGUCAUUAUGAGAACUCAAGAUCCAGUUUUCUUGAAAGCUGGAAAGUUCUUCGUAGUCAAUAUGGAAACAUAUAUGAGUAUUAUAAAAACUUCUAUGUCGUAUCUUUCAGUUCUUCGGGUGAUGGUAACUACUUGAGAUCUUGUGUAAUAUAUAUGUAAUUCUACGAAGCUAUAUUAUUAUAGCAAAGCACAAUAAAGUAUUUAAUAUUAUA